CGCUCCCUUUUACCCUUUUCUAUUUCCCUCGCUUUCUUCUCUUCUACUUUCCCUCCCUUUCUAAGUACAAUACAGUGAACAGAAUUCUGUGCUCCCGCCAAAACGACAGCCAUGAACCGAAAUGGCAACACCAGGAAGCGUCCACUGCCGACAUCACAACCCACGCCAUCGCCACCAGCAGCGAAGCAGCAAGCCACGACACCAGCCGUAGACGACGAAUUCGUGGAUGAGGAUGUCUUCCUUGACGAAACCCUCAUUGCGGAAGACGAAGAGAAUCUCAUCCUCCGCGACAUGGAAGAGCGUCAGGCCCUUGCAUCUCGCCUUGCCAAGUGGUCUCGCCCGUCCCUCUCUCACGAGUACACUUCCCAAUCUCGGAGCAUUCUAUUUCAGCAGUUGGAGAUUGAUUAUGUGAUUGGAGAGAGUCAUAAGGGGCUGCUGCCUGAUAGGUCAGGAAUGGCUGCGAUUAUCAGAAUUUUCGGGGUCACAAGGGAAGGACAUAGUGUUUGCUGCCUAGUUCACGGAUUUGAGCCAUAUUUUUACAUCAGUUGCCCUCCUGGAAUGGGUCCUGACGACAUUUCUCGUUUUCAACAAAUUCUUGAGGGGAGGAUGAGGGAGAUGAAUAGGAACAGUAAAGUGCCCAAAUUUGUCCGGCGAAUAGAAAUGGUCCAAAAAAGGAGCAUUAUGUAUUACCAGCAACAGCCUUCACAUCCUUUUCUAAAGAUUGUAGUUGCAUUGCCAACAAUGGUGGCCAGCUGUCGUGGUAUUCUUGACAAAGGAAUACACAUUGAUGGCCUUGGUAUGAAGAGCUUCAUGACGUAUGAAAGCAAUGUUCUCUUUGCCCUCCGCUUCAUGAUUGAUUGCAACAUUGUUGGUGGAAAUUGGAUUGAAGUACCUGUUGAAAAAUAUAAGAAGACAUCAAAGAAUCUGUCCUAUUGCCAAUUAGAGUUUGAUUGCUUGUAUUCAGAAUUGAUCAGCCAUGCCCCAGAAGGUGAAUUCUCAAAAAUGGCUCCAUUUCGCAUUUUAAGUUUCGAUAUUGAGUGUGCUGGUCGUAAAGGUCAUUUUCCCGAGCCUACCCAUGAUCCUGUUAUUCAGGUGGCCAAUCUAGUUACUUUGCAGGGAGAGGACCAGCCAUUUAUUCGUAAUGUCAUGACUUUAAACUCAUGCUCUCCUAUAGUUGGUGUAGAUGUGAUGUCAUUUGUUACAGAAAGAGAUGUCCUACUGGCUUGGAGGGAUUUUAUCCGUGAAGUGGACCCAGAUAUUAUAAUUGGAUAUAAUAUCUGCAAAUUUGACUUGCCGUAUCUCAUUGAGAGAGCUGAAACUUUGGGAAUAGCAGAAUUUCCUCUAUUGGGCCGUGUCAGGAAUAGCAGGGUUCGGGUCAAAGAUACAACAUUUUCAUCAAGACAAUAUGGUACAAGGGAAAGCAAAGAAGUUACAUUGGAAGGGAGAGUUCAAUUUGAUUUGCUUCAGGCAAUGCAACGAGAUUAUAAAUUAAGUUCUUACUCGUUAAAUUCUGUCUCAGCACACUUUCUCUCUGAGCAGAAAGAAGAUGUCCACCAUUCAAUAAUAUCUGAUCUUCAUAAUGGUAAUGCAGAAACUAGGAGGCGGCUUGCCGUAUAUUGUUUGAAGGAUGCUUAUCUCCCACAGCGGCUCUUGGACAAGCUGAUGUUUAUUUAUAAUUAUGUAGAAAUGGCUCGUGUCACUGGUGUCCCGUUAUCUUUCCUUCUUUCCAGGGGACAAAGUAUCAAGGUACUUUCUCAACUCUUGAGGAAGUCUAAACAGAAGAACCUUGUUAUUCCCAACGUCAAACAGGCAGGAUCUGAACAAGGAACAUAUGAAGGCGCAACUGUUUUGGAAGCUAGAGCAGGAUUCUAUGAAAAGCCAAUUGCAACACUAGAUUUUGCAUCUCUGUAUCCUUCAAUAAUGAUGGCAUAUAAUCUAUGUUACUGCACUCUGGUGACUCCUGAAGAUGUUCGUAAACUCAACAUCCCACCUGAAUGUGUCAACAGAACUCCAUCUGGUGAAACAUUUGUAAAAUCAAAUUUACAAAAGGGAAUUCUUCCUGAAAUUCUUGAAGAACUAUUAGCAGCUCGAAGAAGAGCAAAAGCAGAUUUGAAGGAAGCCAAGGAUCCACUUGUGAAGGCUGUUCUAGAUGGUCGACAACUGGCUUUGAAGGUAAGUGCAAAUUCUGUCUAUGGAUUUACAGGAGCAACUAUUGGCCAAUUGCCAUGUAUAGAGAUAUCCUCUAGUGUUACAAGCUAUGGUCGACAAAUGAUUGAACACACCAAAAAGCUUGUGGAAGAAAAAUUUACCAUAAUAGGGGGAUAUGAACAAAAUGCAGAGGUUAUAUAUGGGGACACAGAUUCAGUUAUGGUACAAUUUGGUAUGCCUACUGUCACAGAAGCAAUGAAGUUGGGAAGAGAAGCUGCUGAAUACAUCAGUGGAACUUUCAUAAAACCCAUCAAGCUAGAAUUUGAGAAGGUUUAUUAUCCAUAUCUGUUGAUUAGCAAGAAGAGAUAUGCUGGUUUAUUCUGGACUAAUCCAGACAAAUUUGACAAAAUGGAUACUAAAGGCAUUGAAACAGUUAGAAGAGACAACUGUUUAUUGGUCAAAAACCUGGUAAAUGAGUGCCUUCACAAGAUAUUAAUAGACAGAGAUGUGCCUGGUGCAGUUCAAUAUGUCAAGAAUACCAUCUCUGAUCUUCUUAUGAACCGUAUGGAUUUGUCACUUCUGGUUAUUACUAAGGGUUUGACAAAGACUGGAGAUGAUUACGAAGUUAAGGCGGCUCAUGUUGAACUUGCUGAACGCAUGCGCAAGAGAGAUGCUGCCACUGCUCCAAAUGUCGGGGAUCGUGUACCUUACGUCAUUAUAAAAGCUGCAAAAGGUGCCAAGGCUUAUGAAAGAUCAGAAGAUCCUAUCUACGUUCUGGAAAAUAAUAUACCAAUAGAUCCUCAGUAUUACCUUGAAAACCAAAUUAGCAAGCCACUUUUAAGAAUUUUUGAGCCCAUUUUGAAGAAUGCCAGCAAGGAACUCCUUCAUGGAAGUCAUACAAGAUCUAUUUCCAUCUCCACUCCUUCAAAUAGUGGCAUUAUGAAAUUUGCUAAGAAACAACUCAGUUGCAUUGGCUGCAAAGCCCUAAUUAGUAAUUCAGAUCGAACUCUCUGCUCACAUUGUAAGGGAAGAGAAGCAGAAUUGUACUGCAAAACAGUUUCUCAAGUGUCUGAGCUAGAGUUGCUUUUUGGGAGGCUGUGGACACAGUGCCAAGAGUGCCAGGGCUCUCUUCAUCAAGAUGUUCUUUGCACCAGUCGGGACUGCCCAAUAUUUUAUCGGAGAAAGAAGGCACAAAAAGACAUGGCUGAAGCCAAACGGCAGUUGGAUAGGUGGAACUUUUGAUCUGAUAACAAGGAAAAUCCAAAAGUCAAUCGUCAGAGAGGCUUGCAAUGGUUCAGGGUCCAAAUGAAUUGAAAGGUUGCUUUAUCUAAUUGUAAGAAUUAAGGCAGAAGCUCUGUUGAGUCAUGCAAUAAAAAAUGACAAUCGGAUUGCGCAGGGUGAAAUUCAGAUUGGCUUUUGGUAGUUGGGAAGUUCAACUAGGGGACAAGCUUACAAUGGUUGGAACUCCAUAUGCUGUCUAUAUAUGCUAUUUGUUUCACUGAUCUUUAUGCCGUCGAGAUGCUUCUCAACUGUAGAAAUGGUAGUAUCAGUUUUGUUUUGUAGUUUUAUCUUUUUUAGGGUAAUCAAUAGUGUAAUUAAUACAUUUUCGGAGUUAUUUAAUAGAUAAAUGUCAACCCC